CUUCGUUAGCGGUCCAUUGGCAUGGAAAGGCACUGGAAGUGGGUCUUAAUCGUCGGCAUCUUGGCUUUGGAGGCGAAUGCUGCGGUGAAUGAUACAGCCACUUUGCGACAGUAUCGCUAUGAUUACGGACUAUUCAAUGCCAGUUUGGAAUUGGCCACGGAAGUUAUCACAACAGAUUCGCUGGGGAAAGAAGGAUCUGUUGUCCAGUCGAAGCAUGAACCCCAUCUCAUCCGGAGCUCCGUCAUCUUUGGCUUGACCAAAGUGGCCAACGAGAGCAAUGUGAAUCCCAGCUGCCACUCCCAUUUGAAGCAAGUGCAGCGGGGGAUUCUCAAUAAACAACCUUGGGCCAUGAAAGUUCUCGAUGCGUCGGGGACCAAGCCAUCUGGUUUCGUCUUCGGUCAGAACUACUGGCUGGGAAGUCGAGAGGCGUGUCGCGGGGUCCAAGGCCCCGUGGGCAUAACUCUAUCGCGGAACUACGAGCGCGUCAUGCACUACAGCAUCCUAACCCAAAGUGCCCCCUUUGGGAUGGACUACCGGGUGAUUUACCUGCGCCACCGGUCGCCGUGGCAGGUGGAGAUCAAGGUGAUGUCCGAGCAGGUGCUCCACAUCGGCUUGUGCCUACCCAGCGCCUGUGGCUCCGAGGAGGUGAAGCAGCUGACCAGGGACUAUGUGGCUGGGGGAUCCUUCGCCGAGGACGACAUCUAUGACAUGAAACCGGAGGUCCUGUAUAUGAAGGAUCUCCAGCUGAGGGAGAGCUUCUUUCAGAGGCUCACUUUCCGUUUGGUGGUGGCUGCCAUCCUGGUCACUGGAGCCCUGAUGCUCUGUGCCCAGCAACUGCGGGUGGCCAAGAGAGGCGAUGAUCCUGAUCCUGGCCUGGCUCCCGUGGAAUCGGAGAUCUGGCAGGCAUUAGAUUCCCUCUUAAAGAAACAGCCGCUUCAGAACAUCGUCUCCUGCUUCGAUGUGGCCGACAACUGGAGAAAGAUUUCCGCCAUGAGACCCAAUCAGCCGGGGGAGAUUCCCAUUAUGAACGGCCUGCGAUCCGUGUGUGCCAUCUGGAUCCUCAUCUUCCACGUGGUCUGGUACAUGUACUUCACGGUGCACAACAAAACGGAGCUGUUAUCCUAUGCGGAAAAGGUCUUCUUUCAGUAUGUCUCAACGGCCCCACUCCUCGUGGAUGUCUUCUUUACCAUCAGUGGCUUUCUGCAAACCUACAACUUCCUGAGGAAUGCCAAGCAACUGGAGGCAGUGCGUGGCAAUGGUCUGUGGGGCAAUGUGAAGCUCUUUGGAAAGCUGCUGUUCCAUCGCUACCUGAGAUUGGGUCCACUGUACCUGGUGGUCAUGGGCAGCGUGGACUUGGCCUUUGCCUACAUCGGCGACGUUUCCGUUUUCCACAUCAACGAGAGAUUCGAUGAGCUGUGUCAUCAGCACUGGUGGCGGAACCUGCUCUUCAUCCAGAAUUUAUUCGAUCACCGGGAGAUGUGUGCCAACUGGAGUUGGAGUCUCGCCUGCGACAUGCAGUUCUUCCUGCUGGCAAACAUUGUGCUCUUCAUUUACGCCAAGCAUCCAAAAUUGGCCAAAGGACUGACUGUUUCUGGACUUUUGGCCACCAUAACCUGGUCCUACGGCAUCGGAAUCACCAACAAAUUCGAGUUCUCCUUCGAUUCUACGUACGCCACUGGAACUCAGAUCUACACGAGUCCCUUUGUGAGGGUCCUGCCCUAUAUUGUGGGUGCAAUGGCCGCCUGGUGUCUCCAGGAGCAGCGAUUCCAGGUGGAGCUGAGCGAAAGGCAGACCCGUAGGUUGUGGCACCUCAGCCUGCAGGUGUUCCUGGGCUGCAUUUACUCCACGGUGAAGCGGGAUCUUGGUCACCUCAUCACCAUAUCGCUAUUUGUCCUGGGAAGGGCUUUAUUUUCCCUCACCGUUUGCUGGAUGAUCGUGGGCAGUGCAACCGGAAGUGGAGUUUGGUGGUCACGACUGCUGGAGGCCAAGUGCUUUCAGCAUCUGAACCGCCUGUCCUACGCCAUAUACCUAUUGAAUCCCCUGGUGAUUGCCCUUGUUUACAGUCUGACCAGUACGAGUUCGGCAGCCGAUCCCUUUCUGCUGAGCGUCGUCUGCUGCGGCUUUACGAUGAUCGUCUAUGUCGCCUCCAUCGCCUUUUCGCUGGCUUUUGAGCUGCCCUACAGCAAUUUGUCCAGUCUGCUGCUCAAGGGAAAACCAAAAACCUCAUAAACUGUGAUUACCACUCAUUGUUAGCAUUGCUUCUAAGUCAUACUAUUGAUAAGAAUAUAUGGUUAAUACGAAUAUUUCAUUAAUACAAAACAAUAACAUUUUGGCGCCAA